AUGGCAGUUGAACCGUAUAGACUUACGGCGACCCAAGCGUCAGCCAAGAUAAGGGCCGGGGAGUUGACUGUGGAAGAUUACGCGCGCUCGCUCUUGUCCCACAUUGAGGAGAGAGACCCCGUAGUCAAAGCUUGGGAGUACUUGAACCCAGAGCAGGUGAUUGCACAAGCGAAGGCAAUGGAUGCGAUACCGCCAGAGAAGCGCGGACCCCUACACGGCGUUGCCAUCGCAGUCAAAGACGUUAUUUACACAAAGGAUAUGCCAACACAGCACGGAUCUCCAAUCUACGCUAGAGACGCUCCCAAAGUCGAUGCCGGUUCCAUCAUCAUUUUGCGACAGGCUGGCGCGCUGCUUCUUGGCAAAACAACCACGACCGAAUUCGCAGCGACGGUUCAAGGUCCAAAGACAGUGAACCCACACGGCACGAACCGAACCCCCGGUGGCUCCUCGUCAGGAUCAGGCGCCGCCAUUGCGGAUUUCCAAGCGCCCAUCGGCCUAGGCACCCAGACAGGCGGAAGCACGAUCCGCCCAGGAUCUUUCAAUGGCAUCUAUGCUCUGAAGCCGACAUGGAACUCCAUCACGCGCGAGGGUCAGAAGAUUUACUCCUUAAUCCUAGAUACCCUCGGUUUCUUCGCCCGCAGUGUUGAAGACCUGCAAUUGAUGGCCGAUGUUUUUGACUUGAAAGACGACGAGCCCCCGAAGGACACCUUCGCUGUCAAGGGCGCCAAGUUCGCUCUGUUGAAGACGAUGGUGUGGCCUCAAGCUGGACCCGGUACCAAGUCCGCGAUGGCGAAGGCUGCGGAGCUUCUCAAGGCUCACGGAGCCGAGGUAGAAGAGAUUGAAUUCGAUCCCGAGCUUGAGGAGCUACCUCAGUGGCAUGCUACGGUGUUGCACAGCGACGGAAGAUCCGCUUUCCUGCCCGACUACCGCGCUGCUAAGGAUCAACUGCACGAGUUCUUGAUUUCGCAUGUUGAUAACACCAACAAGAUCAGCAGAGCGGAGCAGCUAGAGGCAUUUGACAACAUUGCCAUUGCAAGGCCCAAAGUUGACAAGAUGCUGGCCAAGUACGAUGCUGUUCUGGUGCCUAGCGUCGUUGAUGAGGCCCCGGAAGGAACCUCGAGCACCGGAAGCGCAGCUUUCAACGCUCCCUGGACAGCGCUGCAUGUUCCGGUCGUCAACAUUCCAGGUUUCAAGGGUCCCAACGGGAUGCCAGUUGGCGUUUCCCUUGUAGCUCCCAGGUAUCACGACCGUCAUCUCUUGGUGGUCUCCAAGGCGGUCGGCGAGAUCUUCGAGGCGGAGGGAGGCUGGAAGUCUGCUUUGUAA